UGCUUGCUCCUCCUCCCCAAUCGUCUCCUCCAACCCGUCCCAGUCCACCAGCUCCUCCGUCUGGUGCUUCAACUGCUGGCGACGCCCCAGGCAGACUCUGAGCUCGAGCACCCAUUCCAGUGAAGCCGCCUGGGUACUACCGGCUCGGUACAAGGCGCGUACGACGCCGCCACGGCUCUCUGCCGACGCGGUCUUGAUCCAGGGCAGCAACCACGACGAGUACACGCCCGCGCGCUUCACACGACGCAGCCGGACCUUGCCCAACAUGUCCAGCAACGAUGACGACCCGACAAGGGACUCUGCGCCCGACUUGCAGAUCCUCGGCGACCAGGUCACCUUCCAGCCGCGCAGCUACAUCGAGGAACGUGGCGGCAGCGACGACAACGAGGAGGCCCUCAUGAAGAACAUGCACAGCUUCCGCGCCGAGCCGCUCCAAUUCCUCCGCGAGGUCUCCCUCUACGUCUCUGGCACCGGCUGGCGCGCCUACGACAGUGUCAUCGGCCGCCCAAUCUUCUACCCAGGCUUCAGCGAGCAGAUGAUGAACUCGGUCGUGUCGGCUCCGCUCCUGCGCACCCGCAUACGACAGCUUGCCGAGCAGCGUGUCGAGACCGAGGAAAAGGAAGGAUGGCUGGACUCGAAAGCAUCAAAUUACCCACUGAAGCGGGCACAGCGCCUGGCAGCCAUCGAGAACGGUCUCAAGGAGGUCGCGCAGAAGAUGACGAGCGACAUGAUCUGCAAGUUCGAAAGCAAGCCCUUCAUUCGAAGCGCAUACUAUGUAGUCACACAGCUGCUCACUCGCGCCUACCACCAAGGUAUUCACGUCUCCAGCGAGGAAGUUCUACGGUUACGAAAGGUAGCGGAGGAGGCAGAGAGGAAGGGCCAGAGCAUUAUAUUCUUGCCUUCACAUAGAUCGCACGUCGACUACGUGUCCAUGCAGCUCAUUUGUUAUCGCUUGGGGCUUGCGCUACCGGUUGUGGUCGCAGGAGACAACCUGAACUUCCCUGUGGUCGGAACAUUCUUGCAGCAUGCUGGAGCGAUGUGGAUCCGCCGUUCGUUCGGCAACGACACUCUGUACACGACACUUGUGCAGACUUAUAUCGACACAUUGUUACAGGGUGGCUACAACUUCGAGUGUUUUAUAGAGGGAGGCAGGUCUAGGACAGGCAAGUUGCUGUCGCCCAAAUUCGGCAUUCUGAGCUUUGUUUUGGACAGUAUAUUGUCGGGCAGGGUCAAGGACGCCGUCAUUUGCCCUGUCAGUACACAGUACGACAAGGUCAUUGAGACGGAAGGGUACGUCACAGAACUUCUUGGUGUCCCCAAGAAGAAGGAGAAUCUUGCCGAUUUCCUGAGCGGUGGCUCUUCAGUGCUGUCUCUCAAACUUGGCCGUGUCGAUGUCCGAUUUCACGAGCCUUGGAGCCUCCGCGGAUUUGUCGAUGAGCAAAUGAGUCGCCUCACGCCAUCGCCUAGCAAUCACAAUUGGGAGGCUAGGACACCAGAAAACACCAAGCUGCGACAAAAGCUGCUCCGCACUAUGGGCUACAAGGUGCUCUCGGACAUCAACGACGUCUCAGUAGUCAUGCCUACGGCACUGAUCGGCACAGUGUUGCUGACGCUACGAGGCCGAGGCGUGGGCAAGUCUGAACUCAUCCGGCGAAUCGAGUGGCUGACUGCUCGAGUUCGCGCUAAAGGUGGGAGAGUCGCACACUUUGGCACGUUACCACUGUCAGAUGUGGUGGAGAGAGGCCUCGAGGUCCUUGGCAAGGAUCUGGUCGGUGUCAUCACCGGCCUCGCUGAACCUACCUACUACGCUGUUGACCGUUUCCAACUUUCCUUCUACCGCAACAUGACGAUCCACCUUUUCAUUGCGGAGGCACUCGUCUCCGCCGCAAUGUACACGCGCGUCAAGCAAGGAGGCGGUCCCGAGAACCAGGAUAUCACGUAUGCAGCGCUGCGUGAGCAAGUGCUCUUCCUCUCCUCACUUUUCCGCGGCGAGUUUAUCUUCCCAAGCGAGGGUCUCGAGUCCAAUCUCGAGAAGACGCUGGUCGGGCUCGAGCAGGAUCAGGUGAUCUCUCUGCAUCGUGACGCAGAGGGAAAGCCUGUGACAAUCGGACUGUCCAAGGAGGAGCGCGAGGCCGGACGGGAGAACUACGACUUCUACUGCUUUUUGAUUUGGCCAUUCAUUGAGGCUAGCUGGCUGGCCGCCAUUUCCCUCAUGGGCUUGACCCCUCCCGCAGGGCAAGGGCCGGAUGAUAUCUGGAUCGAGGCUGCCAAGGCGCAAAACAGCGCGCAGCUUAUGGGCAAGACGCUCUACCACCAGGGCGACCUCUCCUAUUUCGAGGCCGUCAACAAAGAGACCCUCAAGAACUCUUACCAGCGUUUCGAAGAGGAGGGGAUCCUCUAUACAAUCAAGUCCAAGGACUCAAAGUUGUCCCCGCCCCGGCUGCGGCUCGCGAGCGAGUGGAUGCCCAUGCGCGACCCGGUGAGCGGGCGCGUCGUGGCGGAUGGCCGACUAUGGGCAUUUACGGAGCGGAUCGCAAUGAGCCGGCGCGAGGGAAAGAACCGGAGAGAUGGCGCGACGGUCAGCACGAGGGUGCUACGGUUGACGGAUGAACUUGGUGCAAAGUUGUUUGCUGAGGCCGCGGGUAAGGAGGAAGCCGGCAAGAUGAGUUCCGAGGAGAUUGCACGAGUCAAGCAGGAUAUAAAGGAGGAGCGAAGGAGGCGGAAAUUGGAAGGCAGAGCGAGGUUGUAAAGACGGCUCUUGGUCUAAUUUCCAUGUAAGAUGAGAAAGGUGUGGUAGUUUCCCAAUGAUUCUGGACACGACUUAAUGUUGUCCAGCCAGGCGUAAUGCACUGCGACGUUUCCAGGCCGGAUCCUCUUUGAUAACUGUCGUCCAUUUAAGCCUGUUCUUAUCGAUCGCAUUCUUCCAUUCGAGCCUAC